GGAGACCUAAACUCCCGACGGAGGACAAUUGCACGUCAUAUCUCUUCUUUACUUAUAAUCCACCUUCAUCCAAUCUCCACUUCUAUACCGACGUCUACGAUUGACAUCCACAUCAGUCAACUUUAGUUAUCUCGAUACUCUAGCUAUUAUAUCUACAAUGACGACUCUUGCAAUUGUUGGUGCUACUGGAUUAGUCGGCGGCUUCUUCACUUCUCUAGCUAGGACUGCUACACUCCCGUCGGACAUCACCAACGUCGUCGCCAUCUCUCGCAAAGCAGUCAAGCUAGACUUUUCCGCCUCAAGCAACAAAAUCACAAACACAGUCGCUCCCGACCUUGUCUCUGCCAUCCCCUCCGACACAAAAAUCCUCUUCUCCGGCCUCGGAACUACAAAAGCCACCGCCGGAUCGUUCGAGAAGCAGUACGCGAUCGACUACACGCUCAAUCUCGACCUCGCGAAAGCCGCAAAGACCGCCGGCGCGACGACCUAUGUCUUGGUGUCGUCGACAGGUGCUUCUGAAGACGCAUACUUUGCGUACUCAAAGAUGAAGGGCGAGCUUGAGCGUGACGUCAAGGCACUCGACUUUGAGCGCACAAUCAUCCUAAGACCGGGUCUUAUUCUCGGCGACCGGCCGGAGGACAAACGACCUGCCGAGGCGCUUGCUCAGGGUCUGUACAAGGGACUCAGGAAGAUCCCGGUGCUGGGCGGGUUCACCAAGUCGUCUUCGAUCCCGGCUGAGGAUAUCGCAAAGGCGGCGUUUGUGCUGAUUAACAAGGGCGAGAAGGGUGUUGGUAUUUACGGAAACACAGAGCUCGUCGAGCUUGCGAAGGAGUACAAGUGAGAGCGAUGAUUGCUCUGUCUAGUCGGUUUAAUGUAGAUC